AUGGGCAAGAACAAGCUCAAGCAGCAGCUCAAGCGCCAGCAGCGCGACGUGUUGGCCGCUGCAUCUAAUGGCACGCACAGUGCUGCAGCCGAAAGUUCGCGCUCGAAGAAGAAGCAGAAGACGGAGAAAUCCACUGGGGAGAAGGAGACCGAGGUGGAGAUUGACACACUGGGCUUCGACGACGCGUUCUCGGCCGGCCUGGCCUUCGAGCAGCUGGAGUCGUACGACGGAGCGCUCGCGGCGCUUCAGCAGGCGGCCAAGUGUAAGCCUGGCCACUUGGGGGCGCUCACGCACCUCGCAGAUGUCCAUUCGGCGGCUGGGCAGCCCGAUGACGCGCUCAAGUGCUACAAGCAGGCGAGCGAGCUGGAGGACGGCAAGAAGGACGCGUCGGUCUGGUUCCGACUGGGACUGGCACACGCAGCGAUGGAGCAGCAGCGGGAGGCCACGAUGGCUUACAAGAGAUCGAUGAAGAUCAACGCGGAGGCGCUGGAAGCAGCAGAGGAGGAGGAGGCUGUCGAGCUCAGGAAGGCGUACGGCGUGACGCUGGCGGCAUUGGCGGAGGCCUAUGGAGAAAUGGGAGAUCUGGACGCGGCUGUGAAGGUGUUCGAAGACGCCGCGAAAAAGUUCCCGGAGAAUGCCAACCUGCACUACAACAUGGCCAACAUGCGUAUGGCGAGGAGUGGAAGCGCCGGAGACGACGCCUUUGAUGCGGAAGUGCCGGAUCGAGUGCGCGAGCUCAAGGCAAAGGCUGAUGACCUGAAAUCCAAGGAAGGUGCCAGUGAGGACGUAGAACAGGAGGAAGAGGAAGAUGAAGACGAGGAGGAGGAGGAAGAUGAAGAUGAAGAAGACUAG